AAAAAUGUGCUUCUAGUUGUAGUCUCUUGUAGAAAAGAUUGAACCUCUCUAAAUGUUUCAUUUGAGAAGCGCUGACCUGAACUGCAAUCUGAUAGGCCUACUCCCGCCCCUAACUUCUCUCGUGUUUGCGCUGCUGCUUUGUAAACUUGUUGUUUCCCCCCAUGCGAUCAGUCGGUCACCCGGGCUUUCGCGGGAGUGACGUGCUGGGACUAUUUCCACUUAGUGUCGUCUUUGCUACAAUUGUGUUACUGUGUGGAAUGAAUGACUUUUGACCAAAGCUAACACCAUACAAGUCUUACGCUUGCUGAAAAAGCCGGUUCAAUUUUAGGGAAUUAAAUUUCAAAGAAAUGGAUCCCAUAACGAAAUGGUCACCUAAACAAGUUGUGGAUUGGAUGAGAGGCCUAGAUGACAGUCUGCAGCAGUAUGUCCCGUAUUUUGAGCGGGAGAAGAUUGACGGGGAACAGCUGCUGAAGAUAUCCCACCAGGACCUGCUAGAACUUGGGGUGACCAAGAUUGGACAUCAGGAACUUGUGUUGGAGGCUGUUGAUCUGCUAUGCGCUUUGAACUGCGGCGUUGAGACAGACAACCUGAAGACCCUGGUGGACCGUAUGAGAGCCGCGUCCAAAAACCUCCACAACUCGGCAUCGGAACGCAGGAAGAACCCGUCAUACGAGGGCAAGAACUCCCACAAACCGCCCAAUGACUUCCUCACAGCUGUGGUGGAGCUCAUCGGCGCCGCCAAGUGUCUGCUGGCCUGGCUGGACAGGACUCCUCUGUCAGGCAUCAGUGACUUCACCUCCACCAAGAACCGGAUCAUCCAGCUGUGCCUGGUGCUCACUGGCACCGUUCAGAGGGACUGCACCGUGUAUGAGAUGGAAGAGAAGAUUCUGGAAGUGUCAGUGGCUCUGAACGUGAUCUGUGACCAGACCCUGAGGACAACCUCUGACCCCCAGAAGAGUCAGACAGCCUGCCUGGAGGAGGUCCACAUCACCAAUGUCAGACCCGGAGAAGGACUGGGGAUGUACAUCAAAUCCACCUAUGACGGCCUUCACGUCGUCACUGGAACCACAGAACAUUCGCCUGCAGACAGAACGCACAAGAUCCACGCUGGAGACGAGGUCAUCCAGGUCAACAAGCAGACAGUGGUGGGUUGGCAGCUACAGAACCUGGUGGGUAAACUGAAGGCGGAUCCCCUGGGCGUUACACUGGUCUUGAAGAAGAGGCCAUCGGGCACCUGUAGCUUCACUCCGGCCCCCCUGAAGAACAUGCGCUGGAGGCCCCCCCUCGUUCAGAGCGCCCCCGCUGUGCCAGAUGUCCAGUCUUCACAUCCCCCAGAAGCCCUCAUGCAGAAGGAGAAGCCAGCCAUUUUGGAACUUUUCAUCCCGCCACCCCCUGCUGUUCCCUACACCCCACGGGAUGACAAGCCUAAGGUGAGUGCCAGUGUCAAGCUCAGACCGAAAGGUUCUCAGUCUCCCAACUCCUUCCUGGAUGAAGGCCGGCGACGCUUCACCAUCGCAGACUACGACAACAAGGUCAAAGUCGGUCCACAUCCUGAGGCCAACCCCCAACCAGUCCCAGUAGCCCGCCUGAGACAGCGGACCUCCACGCGGGGUAAACCGCGGCCGCUAUCCAUGCCUGCAGACUCAUGUUUGGGCAUGCCUGAAUCGGCCUCCAGACCUUGGCCUCUGGGGAGGAAAGGUGAGGACGUCCUCCACAGAUACCUGAGUAAUGAGCGAAUCGCCACCAUCUCCGAGGAGGCGCCAUGCUUCCCCCUCCCGUACAGGCCCCUGGAGGGGAGGUCUGGUCAGCUGGUCCGUGGCGUCGACCACAUCCGGGGCUCCCAGUGCUUCAUCAGCUCCGACCUGCACAACAGCGCCACCAUACCGUACCAGGAGACGUCGGCCAGAAAGACCUCGGCCGCCGACAAAAGACGCCCUCCUUCGGAACCCUCUUCGAUUUUGGGAGGCUGGCUGGCCCGCCUCAGGCUGUUGAGUCAUUGAUGAGAGUGACAACCUUCCGAACCGUGGGGCAAGCCCAGCCCCCCAACCCACCCACCUCGUACCUUUAACUUGCUGUCAUCACAGUGAUCUGGCUUCUCCAAUCAGUAUUCUGACUAACACGUGCAGUUCCUGGACUGUUUUGCUGGUUUGUCCGUCGUUGGAGGCUUUGGCGGGAGGCUUCCCCGUCAUAGCAUCACUGCUACGUAGCCUAGAAGUAGAACAUUUUGGGGAAUCUCUCACAGAGUUUUUUUUUCCGCCCCCAGGGCUGACAAUUUGCUGCUUUAGAUUCUGUAUGCUGACAAAUUUGGACAGUAUUGUAUCUUUAGUGAAAGGGGUUGGAGAAAAUUGGCAAUUCUGACAAAAAAGUGUUAUAGAAAACAGUGGAUAUUCAGUGACUGUUCAUUCUACUUGUCAAGAGGUGGAUUCAUUCAGGUUUAGGAAACAUUUGCUUGGCUUUUGUAAGUGAACUAUUUUAUCUGUAAAUUGUUAUUUAUUUUGAAUUAUCCUAUGUGUAAACCUGUCACGUUUGUGUUUGUCCACAGACUUUUUGUAAAUAUGUUUAAAAAUCUUUUUAAAGAACUUAAUCUUUUUAAAGAAAAUUAAAUUUAAAGAAUUAAAUUUUUGACCAUUUGACUUUGUAUUUGAUUUCUAAAGUUGAUGUAGAUAUAAAUCUUUUUUUUUGUUGUUGUUUGGUUGGAAAUAACUACCAGAGUUGGCCUUUUUUAAAGCUAAUGUAUAUUGGAAAAAUGUAUCUGGUGCUGUUACAGUGUGUUUUUGUUUGUGUGUGUAUACUCAAAUUGCUAUUAAAGUGAGUUUUAGACUAUUUAAAUAAGGGCAUUUGGGGAAAUUGAGGACCUUUUGGCCGGUUGUCACAUACACAAUACCAUUUUCUAGGUUUUACGUUAAGUUUAGGGGUUAAAGUAUGUUAGGUUUAGGAAUAAAAGUUAGGUUAUUGAGGUUAGGGUUAGGUCAAGAUUAGGAUAAGGGUUAGAGUAAGUCUUGUAUUCAGGGUUAGGGGCUACAGUAGAAAACAGUUAUUUUACGGGUACUAAAUUUCCUUGUCCUCACUUUGAUUGCAUUUCUGGGUGUAACUUGUGUGUGUAUGAGUGAGUCAGUGUGCAUUUUGUGAAGCCCGGGAAACAUUUAAAAAACGUGUAACUGCUAUAUUUCACUAACUGGUCUUCAGUAAUGCAGGUGUGAAAUUGUGAUGUCAUGACCGGUAAGAAUCAGAAACACUGAUUGUGCAUUUGCAGCUGUAAACAUACCUACUAAACACUUCCAUGCAAGAGCAGUGAAACUUUUCUAACCAGUGUCUUCAUUCCAAUAAAUUAGGGUCUUUAAUAUAUUUCUGCACCACAGGACAUGAUGAAGGUUUAUAUGUCUAGCAUCUUUCCAGAACUUUCAAGCGCUUCAAUGUGAAUACCUCAGUGACAGUUUUUCAAAAUCUGAAUAAAAAUGUGCAAUUCA